AUGAGAGCUCAGCUACACGGCGACCAAAUGUCCACAAAGUUUGCUCAGGACAUUUUGACAAUUGGUGAUGGCAAGGUGCCUCUCGACGCUGCAGGAGAAAUGGAAGUAUGGCCAUUUUGCUCUGUUGCUAAUUCUGUAGAUGACCUUAAACACAAAGUCUUUCCCAACUUCAAAGAAAACUACCUAAAUCACAAUUGGCUGUGUGAAAGAGCAAUAUUAGCUCCAAAAAACGUAGCUGUUACAAAAAUUAAUCAACAGCUGAUGCAUUCUCUUCUCGGCAAUCUUCAAACUUACAAGUCUGUUGAUACAGUUCCAGAUACAAAUGAAGUGGUGAACUAUCCUCCUGAAUUUCUCAAUUCGUUGGAGCCUCCUGGACUACCUCCCCACAUAUUAUCACUUAAACUUGGAACGCUUCUUAUGCUACUCCGCAAUCUGGAACCACCAAGACUUUGCAAUGGAACACGACUCGUGAUAAAGAAGAUGAUGUCACACGUUAUCGAGGCUACCAUUCUUUCUGGAUGUGGAAAAGGUAUUAGUAAGUUAACUGAGAAAACAUCUCAACAAUUCCAAGAGUUCUCCUUCAACAUGUCAGCCAUCUUGUUUAUACUUCCUGUUAAACUGACAUUUGCCAUCGGAGACGCGACUUAA